AUGUGGCUUCCACUCACCCUGCUCACUGCCACGGCGGCCCCCAUCCUCGCCAACCCCCUAACCUCUCCACUCAACAAGCGUGCCGCCAUCGACGACUGCCUCAAAUCUGCCGGCGUCCCAGCCGAUGCUCAAGGCUCCUCCGACUGGCGUGCCGACGUCAACCCUUUCAACCAGCGCCUGCCCUACACGCCAGUAGCCAUCGCGGUCCCUACCACCAUUGAACACAUCCAAGGUGCCGUCUCCUGUGCCGCCAAGCUGGGAAUUAAAGUUACCCCCAAGUCAGGAGGGCACAGUUAUGCUUCGUUUGGUCUGGGCGGAGAGAACGGGCAUCUGGUCGUGGAGUUGGAUCGCAUGUCGAAGGUGACGCUGGAUUCGACGACGAAUAUCGCAGAUGUUCAAGCGGGAGCGAGACUGGGGCAUGUGGCGACGGAGCUGUAUAAACAGGGCCAAAGAGCUUUCUCGCAUGGGACUUGUCCUGGGUACGUUUUCGAGGGAAACAGAGUCGGGGUAGGAGGCCACUCCCUCCAUGGCGGCUUCGGCUUUUCCUCGCACACCUACGGUCUUGCAGCAGACUGGAUCGCCGCCGCCACAGUCGUCCUCGCCAACAGUACUGUAGUUACCGCAUCGCCAACCGAGAACCCGGACCUCUUCUGGGCUUUGCGUGGCGCUGGGUCCAACUUUGGCAUCGUGGCUUCCUUCAAGUUCAACACCUUCGCUGCGCCCUCGCAAGUAACGGCUUUUCAGAUUAACUUGCCCUGGAACUCAGCGUCGUCGAUUGCAUCCGGCUGGGGGAAACUCCAGGACUGGUUGGCGGCUGGCAAUAUGCCGAAGGAGAUGAACAUGAGGGUCUUCGGCUCGCCGAGUCAGACGCAACUUCAGGGCUUGUAUCACGGGAGUAGCUCGGCGCUGAGGACGGCUGUGCAGCCCCUGUUGAGCACUCUGGGAGCGAGCUUGAGCAAUGCGCAGCAGUACGACUGGAUGGGAGCGUUUACUUAUUAUACAUAUGGCGGCACGGUGGACGUUACGCAUCCUUACAACACCGUCGAAACCUUCUACUCCAAAUCGCUCGUUACCACCGCCCUCCCUUCCGCGGCUCUGAACUCCGUCGCCAACUACUGGAUCAACACCGCCAAGCGCGUCUCGCGCGACUGGUUCAUCAUCAUCGACAUGCACGGCGGUCCCAAGUCCGCCAUCACCUCCUCCACCACCAAUUCCGCCAACUACACGAGCUCUUACGCCUAUCGCGCCCCGGAAUACCUCUUUCUUUAUGAGCUCUAUGAUCGUGUGAUCUUUGGAAGCUAUCCCAGCAACGGAUUCAGCUUCCUAGAUGGAUGGGUGAAGAGCUUCACGGACAACAUGAAACAGGAGCAGUGGGGAAUGUACAUUAACUACGCGGAUCCCACGAUGAAGAGGGCCGAGGCCGUGGGGAACUAUUACCGUAGUAGCCUUAGCAGGCUGCAGAAGGUGAAGGCGCAGUACGAUCCGAACGAGGUUUUCUACUACCCGCAAAGUGUUGAGCCGGCCAAGUAG